UAUCCAAGGACUCAAAAUUUCGUUACUUCCCCUUUUUUUUUUCAUUUGCUUGCGAGCUCAGGAUAAUUCCUAACAAUUUAUUCUUCAUUUCUGCGUACAUUUUCUCAGCAAUCAUCUUCUGAUUCUCCGAUCCUGAAAAGAGUUUCGAGUGGGCUUGCUACUGUUUUCGCCUCCUCCAUCUCUUCUAUCCGUUCGCUACCCAUUUCCCGAUUUCGCCUUCCCUUCGUUCGAAGGACCUGAAAAUUCGUCGCGAAGCGAUGGAUUUGAUGUUUUUCGAGAUUACCCAUAUCUGGAGCUUGCCAAAUUUCCCAGCUUUUCCUUGAAUUUGGGGAAAGUUUGAAGAUUUGAUCGCUGGGUCAUCUCUUCGAUCAGAGAAAUUAGGGUUGGGUUUUGUCUCGGUCCAUGCGAUGAGUCAUCGGCGGGAUUCCGGCGGAGAUGUAGUUCACGUUAUACCGACGAACAAUCCGCCGGAGAAUUGGUUACCGAUUCCAGGUGACAGCGCCGUCUGGGCCACGGAGGACGACUACAACCGCGUCUGGGCGGUGAACCCAGAUUCCUCCGGCGAUACUGCUCCGCCGAGCAAGAAGACGCGGGGGUUGUCGCCGUCGUCCUCCUCCACCGCCGCGAGCAACCGAGCCAAGGCUAUCGGGAAGAUGUUCUUCAAGACGAAGCUCUGUUGCAAGUUCCGUACCGGGACUUGCCCGUACCCUACCAACUGCAACUUCGCACACAGCGUGGAGGAGCUACGCCGGCCGCCGCCGAAUUGGCAAGAUAUCGUUGCGGCUCACGGGGACGAGAAAUCCGCCAUCGUCACCACCAUCGCAGCGGAGCGACGGGAAGAGUUUCAGAUCCCGUCCUUGGUCUCUUCUGUGACUGAAAGCGGGAGAUCCUACAAGGGAAGGCACUGUAAGAAGUUCUACACCGAAGAAGGGUGUCCGUACGGCGACAGCUGUACGUUUAUGCACGAUGAGGCUUCGCGGAACAGAGAGAGCGUUGCGAUCAGUUUAGGUCCCGGUGGAUAUGGUGGAGGAGGAGGAGGAGGAGGAGGUGGUGGUGGUGGCGGCGGCGGUUCUGGUGGUCCCGGCGGCAAUGGCGGCGGUGGCGGCAGUGUUAGUGCCGAUGCCGUUAGCGGCGGAAGUGGAGCUCAGAAUCUAAAGCCUUCGAAUUGGAAGACAAGGAUUUGCAACAAGUGGGAGAUUACGGGGUAUUGCCCUUUUGGUGCGAAGUGCCAUUUUGCUCAUGGAGCUGCAGAGUUGCAUAGGUAUGGCGGGGGACUCGUAGAAGGGGAAGCCAGGGACGGAUCCUCGGCCGCUCCUGAUGCAAAGCAGAUGGGACCAAACCCGAAAGGGCCGGUAGACAUAACGACCAUUUUACCCUCAGGAGUUCCUCAUUCCGAGGUUAGUUACCAUGCCAGUGUCACAUCUCAACGGCAUUCUUCCAUCGUCACCCAGAAGCCGGGAAUCAGAACACUUCAGAAAUGGAAGGGUCCGGAGAAAAUCAGUAGGAUAUAUGGCGAUUGGAUUGAUGACAUUGAAUAAAGGUUCUGCCUUUAUGGAUCGGAGAAAGGUAAAAAUCUCUCCUUUUUUCCUGUGCUUUAACAACUCCGGUCGAGGUCGAUAUAGUUGUAGAGUUGUAUGUAUGUGUACUGCUUGUUCUGUUUGUUGUUGUAGAUUAUGACUUUGAAAUCUCCUCUUCUCUCCUUGUAGUUCUUCGGUUUGCCACUCUCAACUGUGAAUUGUGAUACUGUACCGAUCUUUUCGUA